GAAAAGAAGAAAAGAGAUAAUUCAAACAAAUGGCGGGAACAGUUGCAGUAAGAUCAAACUCACUGAGUGACGAGUGGGAAAUUUCGUUCGCACGAUUCAUUCCUUUUCCUCAUUCUUCAAUCACUUCUUCUUCUUCUUCCUCCGAUCUUCACCCUCUCCCUGUUCGCAUCCGUAACCGUCCUCCACGUGGCACAUGGAUCUCCUCCUCCACCUCCGCUUUCCUCCGAUUCUCCUCCGAUCUCAACUUCUCCGACGUCGUUCUCACCGUUGCCUUCAACGCUAAACUCCUCGAAGAACACUAUGUUUCGAAGCUGAAUUUCUCGUGGCCUCAAGUAUCGUGUGAUCCUGGAUUUCCUGCUAGGGGAAUUAGAACUGUGCUUGUUAGUUACAGAGAUUCGAGAGGCGAGAUUCAAAAGUUUGCUAUGAGGUUUCCAUCAAUCUAUGAAACACAAUCAUUCAUUGGUGCUUUGAAGGAGAUCCUAAAAGAUAACAAGGAGCCAGAACCUUUAAAUAUUGACUUUGGUUCAGAAAUUUCAUCUCAGUCAGAAUUUAUGUCAACAAACAAGCACUCUUACAGUAAAUAUAGCCUCUUAGUACCGGAUCCGACUCCUCAAAAACCUUCUGAGGAACUGAGUUUUAUGACUCCGGCUGACACUUACAUUCCACAAAUACCAAUAUGUAUGAAUAAUGAAGGCGUGCAACCUUCAGGGUUAGGAAGCCAAAACAAGGAAACAGCUCCUGUUCACAACUUUGAAAGCAUCCUUCCAGCCUUGCCACCCAGUUUUGCGUCAUUCCUGAUGGAUUACUCUGGUCUCAAUCCUGCUCAACCAACUGUUACAGAGGAGAAUGAUCUCAAGUCCCAAAUAGCGAAAUACAUGGAAGAUUCUUCCUUCCAAGAUAUGCUGGUCAAGGUGGAGAAAGUUAUCAGCGAAAUUGGGGGUGAUAUGUCCCUCUAGUAGUCCAGGGCAUUGGAAAUGACACACCGAACAACUCAGCAUCCCUCUGUGCUACUGAACCAUGGUGACCUUAAACAUUCUGCCGCAAAUUUUGAACGGAUUUAUGUUGAUUCUUCCAUUCCCUAGCACACGGCCUAAUCAAUAGCUAAACUUAGUCUUUGCUUCUUUUACUGUUUCAGCACAUUAUGAAUUACAAUUCCAAGAGAAAAGAAGGGUUACCUGAUUAUGGUAUUAGUCAGUGUUUAGCUAAUGAAGUCAAAUAUCAAAUGGUUUCUGUUUACAAAAUCUUUUUGUUAAUACAACAAUCUCAAAAAAUUCAAUUCAAUCCAGUACAAAAUUCUUUGCA